AUGAGUCGAGAUCAGCGGGAGAUUGCGACGGCGUUUCUCGCGCAUCUUCGUCAGCUCUCUAUAUCUCAUUCGUCCAACAAUCGGGAUGGAUUUGAUGUGGAGAUGGAUGAACUCCGCAUCGUUGAUCACCGUGUGCGGAGUAACGUUGAUGAGUUCUACACCGCUUCACUCGCGACGAGUGUGGCUAAAAAUCGCUUUGUCGAGGUGCGGGCGAAUGAGGGAACCCGCGUGCGUCUUCGUCCGAUGUUAGAGGACAGCCAUGGCUCGUACAUCAACGCCAACUACGUGGAUGGGCGGGUGCUGUUUGAUGUUCCUUUUACCUAUAUCGCAACGCAGGCUCCGCUUGCGAACACUACCCUUGAUUUUUGGCGCAUGGUGUUUGAAAAUGAUGUGGCCUUUAUUGUUAUGCUUUGUGGGGAGCUGGAGGAUGGAAAAGUAAAGAGUGAGGUGUAUUGGCCGAGGGAAGGGGGUGGGCUGGACUUCGGCGUGUUGCAGAUAAAAUCACUGAGCGAAAGACGAUUCUCAGACUUGGUGUUUCGUUCGUUUCUGCUACGCGGUUUGCACGGAGAAGAGCAUGAGGUGUACCACAUGCAAUACACGGGCUGGCCGGAUCAAAACAUCCCUGCCACAAGUGCCCCGCUCAUGGGAAUCAUUCAAACGAUGGGAAAAUCGGAGCUCAGUGUACAGAAUCCGGUUGUUGUGCAUUGCUCUGGUGGCAUCGGCCGCACGGGAGUUUUUAUUGCUCUGCACGUGGCGCUCGCCCAAUUUCAACUUGAGCGGAGAGACUUGAACAUACAGAGGAUUGUUCACGUUUUGAAAUUGUGUCGCACUGGGAUGGUGCAGCGUAAAGAUCAAUAUGUUUUCCUUUACUACAGCGCACUUCGUGAAAUGAACCGCAUGAUUAUGUCGGCUGAAAAAGGAGUGAAUCUGCUGGACCUCCGCCGUCACGAGCCCACCGCGAUCAUGAAUCAAGCCACCUCUUGGCCAGUCAAAGGCGCGGUGCCGCAGCCUUCUUUGGCACUUCUCAGGGCCGCGCAGACACCGCCCGAAGUGUUACUGCAGCCCGCCAUUCCUCACAUCACGCGCGCGGCGCCACAGCAACUGCCACCGACAAGGGGCCUGGGCCCAACCGCCUGCAGGAGCUUUUCCCACGCCCCACCGCAACCUCAUUUUAGCAUAACGGAGGCUGAGCAAGAACUCCUGGAAAGUUACUUGAAACGACAAACAGCGUCAUCGCGACGGCUGGCGACCCAUACCGAUCGCCUUCUCAAUUCCAGUGCAGGAAAAAUGGCGUGGGCGGGCCCCCGCCCGGGCGCCGCCGCCACCCAAAAGGCACGCCGCACCGGGGCUUCGCAUGACGUUUGCAGCGCCCAGGCACUAGAAGAGCAGCUGCAACACUGGAAAUCAAGAAAUAGAGGAGUGCGCUUCUCGAGGGAGCGGGCGGGGAUGGGGGGGGCGCCUCUCCGCCCCAGCCGGCGUCUCGAAGCAAAACCUUCACCCACGCGAACCUCGGUGGAAACCAGCCUGGAUCACGGCGGGGGACCCCCAGGGCCGCCGGCAGCGACAGGCUCGGCAAGCGCGGCCCCAGAACGGAGCCCGCCCCUGGCCUCCAUCCCUCGGCGCGCCGCGGGAGGCGGGCGCCGCACUGAGAACAGACCUGGUGCCCAUCGACGGAAGCGGGCGCAGCCACGAGCGCGCCCCGCGCCCUGCGAUGCGCGAGAGCGAGGGGCCACCGGAAAACUGGGUAAUCGCCGGCCCCCGCGGCAUCGCGAGAGAAGAGUUCGACCGCUUGUGAGGCGUGGCCCGCUGCCUCCUUGUUCGCGGUGGCGCCCGUCCUUUGUUUUUUUUUUGUAG